CGCCAUAGACUGAAGUGGUCACCUCCUCGGCUCCACCAUGCUUCCAAGGAUCCGAAGAAGCAUCUUCUAUCUUGGGGAUGAGGCUGGUGAUGGUCACCCCGGUGGUGCUAAUCAUCAUGGAGAGAACGUUAUUGGCAUCCAUCAGCAGCACCUCCGGGCACAAACACACGGUCGCCGGCUGCUGCGUGGAGUACGAGACGGCACCGAAGUCGUCGUCGGGCUGCAGAUCCUCGUUCGGCACCACGGCCACCCGCAGCCGUGUCACACACACGUUCUUCUCAAGCAGAUGGUCAGCUGGACGCCGGCGCGCAACGGCCGGCUGUGCAGCUCAUCGAGGACCUGCUUCUUGUGCAGGAGGGAGCUCAGUCCUGACAAGGACGUGUACAUGUACAGGGGUGAUCAGGGCUUCUGCAGCGAGGAGUGCCGGCGACAGCAGAUCUUGUCCGAUGAAGCGAGAGAGCAUGAUUCCAUGGUAGGGAAGGACCGGGGAGGUCAUCAUCAUCAUCGCCACCACCACUGGCCACAGCCGGCGCCAGCGGUGGCGAUCCGCACCCAGCCGAGGAGAUUGCUGGCGGUAGCCUAACAUUUGCAGAGAGCAUGCACGAACAUCACUACGAGAGUCGACAGAGUAAUUGAACUGAACUAUCACGAAUUCACGACGCUGCAAUGAUACAAAUAAUCGAGCUACAAUUGAUGCAGUGGCUGGGGCUCUGCUCCCCAUUUCGACAAAACAAAAAAUCGAGCUGCAAAUUAAACGGUAAACGUAUGGAUAAUUGCAUAGUGGUGAGAUUGAGAUGGCAGAGAUGUCGAAAUUUCUGUAUUAUUUUUUCAGUCAGGAUGCUGUAGAGUUGCAGUAUAACUCUUAAUUUAACAAAUAUUACCUGCU